CUCCCCGCCUUUUCCGCCCUUCCGUCCCCCUCCCUCGGCCCGUCGCCGCCGCCGCUGCUCCAGAUGAGGUGAUGGCAACGGCCAACUUCGGCAAAAUCCAGAUCGGGAUUUACGUGGAGAUCAAGCGGAGCGAUGGGCGAAUACAUCAAGCAAUGGUAACAUCUUUAAAUGAAGACAAUGAAAGUGUAACUGUUGAGUGGAUAGAAAAUGGAGAUACAAAAGGCAAAGAGAUUGACCUGGAGAGCAUCUUUUCACUUAACCCUGACCUUGUACCUGAUGAAGAAAUUGAACCCAGUCCAGAAACACCUCCACCUCCAACAUCCUCAGCCAAAGUAAACAAAAUUGUAAAGAAUCGACGGACUGUGGCUUCUAUUAAGAAUGACCCUCCGCCAAGAGAUAAUAGAGUGGUUGGUUCUGCACGUGCACGGCCUAGUCAACUUCCUGAACAGUCUUCCUCUGCACAACAGAAUGGUAGUAUUUCAGAUAUAUCUCCAGUUCAAGCUGCAAAAAAGGAAUUUGGACCCCCUUCACGUAGAAAAUCUAACUGUGUGAAAGAAGUAGAAAAGCUCCAAGAAAAACGAGAAAAAAGGAGACUACAACAGCAAGAACUUAGAGAAAAAAGAGCCCAGGAUGUUGAUGCUACAAACCCAAAUUAUGAAAUAAUGUGUAUGAUCAGAGACUUUAGAGGAAGUUUGGAUUAUAGACCAUUAACAACAGCAGAUCCUAUUGAUGAACAUAGGAUAUGUGUUUGUGUAAGAAAACGACCACUCAAUAAAAAAGAAACUCAAAUGAAAGAUCUUGAUGUAAUCACAAUCCCUAGUAAAGAUGUUGUGAUGGUACACGAACCAAAACAAAAAGUAGAUUUGACAAGGUACCUAGAAAACCAAACUUUUCGUUUUGAUUAUGCCUUUGAUGACUCAGCUCCUAAUGAAAUGGUUUACAGGUUUACAGCUAGACCACUGGUGGAAACUAUAUUUGAAAGGGGGAUGGCUACAUGCUUUGCUUAUGGGCAGACUGGAAGUGGAAAAACUCAUACUAUGGGAGGUGACUUUUCGGGGAAGAACCAAGAUUGUUCUAAAGGAAUUUAUGCAUUAGCAGCUCGAGAUGUCUUUUUAAUGUUAAAGAAGCCAAACUAUAAGAAGUUAGAGCUUCAAGUAUAUGCAACCUUUUUUGAAAUUUAUAGUGGAAAGGUAUUUGACUUGCUAAACAGGAAAACAAAAUUAAGAGUGCUAGAAGAUGGAAAACAGCAGGUUCAAGUUGUGGGAUUACAGGAACGGGAGGUCAAAUGUGUUGAAGAUGUGCUGAAACUCAUUGACAUAGGCAACAGUUGCAGAACAUCCGGUCAGACAUCUGCAAAUGCGCAUUCAUCUCGGAGUCAUGCAGUGUUUCAGAUAAUUCUGCGAAGAAAAGGAAAACUACAUGGAAAAUUUUCUCUUAUCGAUUUGGCUGGAAAUGAAAGAGGAGCUGAUACUUCCAGUGCAGACAGACAAACUAGGCUUGAAGGUGCUGAAAUAAAUAAAAGCCUUUUAGCACUCAAGGAGUGCAUCAGAGCCUUAGGUAGAAAUAAACCUCACACUCCUUUCCGAGCAAGUAAACUUACUCAGGUGUUAAGAGAUUCAUUUAUAGGUGAAAACUCUCGUACUUGCAUGAUUGCCACAAUCUCUCCAGGAAUGGCAUCAUGUGAAAACACUCUUAAUACAUUAAGAUAUGCAAAUAGAGUAAAGGAGUUUGGAAUUAGUCCAUCAGACAUUCCCUUCUCACAGGGUAGUGGCAGUCGCCCUGAUCUCUCUCCUUCUUAUGAAUAUGACGACUUUUCUCCUUCGAUUACCAGGGUGAAAGAACUGACUGUGGAUCCAACUGCUGCUGGUGAUGUCCGUCCGAUAAUGCACCAUCCAUCAAACCAAAUUGAUGACUUAGAGGCACAAUGGGGUGUGGGCAGUUCCCCUCAGAGAGAUGACCUAAAACUUCUUUGUGAGCAAAACGAAGAAGAGGUUUCUCCACAAUUGUUUACUUUCCAUGAAGCUGUCUCACAAAUGGUAGAAAUGGAAGAACAAGUUGUAGAAGAUCACAGAGCAGUGUUCCAGGAAUCAAUUCGAUGGUUAGAAGAUGAAAAGGCCCUCCUAGAGAUGACUGAAGAAGUAGACUAUGAUGUAGAUUCAUACGCUACACAACUUGAAGCUAUUCUUGAGCAAAAAAUAGACAUUUUAACUGAGCUGCGGGAUAAAGUGAAAUCUUUUCGUGCAGCUCUACAAGAAGAAGAACAGGCCAGCAAGCAAAUCAACCCGAAGAGACCCCGUGCCCUUUAAAAUGGCAUUUGCUGCUAAAGGAUCCCCAGAGGCCCUCACUAGUGUAACAUACAAUGGUUCAGCUGUCAGGGCCAUUUGAAAGUUUAAAAUUUUAAGUGUCUGUGGAAAAUGUCUUGUCCCUUCACCUCAAUGACAUUUCAAUUUUGUGAAACUCUCCUUUGUCUACAAAAUGCUUCUGGUCCAGGAGGCACAACCAAGGUUUGGGAAUAAUGAAGCAUUUUGUUUCAUUUACCCAAACAGUGAUUUACUUUUGGAGAUCCUUGCCAAUUUUAUUUUCUAUAUGACAAAGUAAGAUUGUGGACUUGAUCGAGAGGUGACUAGUAAGAGGAAGCCACAGCAUUUCCUUUUAACUUGGUUCAAUUUUCAUAGCAAGACAGCGGUUUUAAAUCCUUUGCAUGCAUGCAUACCUCAUCAGUGAUUGUACAUACCUUGCCCACUCCUAGAGAUAGCUGUGCUCACCUCUCCCUGCUUUGUGCCUUGACUAAGGCUAUCACCCUAAAUUUCUGAAGCACAGCCAAGAAAAAUUACAUUCCUUAUUUGUCAGUGUAAAUUACCUUUAUUGUGUGUAAAUUUUUAUUGUAUUUGAGACAUUUUUUGUGUGUGACUAGUUGUUUUUGCAGGAUGUGCCAUAUCAUUGAAUGGAACUAAAGUCUGUGACAGUGGACAUAGCUGCUGGACCACUCCAUCAUAUAUGUAAAGAAAUCUGGAAUUUUGAUCUUAAAACCAUGUAACAUGUGGUUAUAAUUUUUUUAGCAUUUUCUUUGUAAAGAAGUAAAAUAUAAACUAGUUGGUGUAUAAUAAAAAGUAAUGAAAUUCUGAGAAGAGUUUUAUCUUAGGAUAAUACAUAUAUAUGCAGUGUGUGUUCCAGUGUGGUAUUAUUAACAAGACUAAUAGUGCAACUUGAUCCUUACCAAUACUAUGACUUAAGUUGAAGUGUCCAUUAGCAACCCAAAAUAUAACUUAAAUGUACUGAUAAAGGAAAUUGGCUUUUAAUGCAUGAAUAUGUACAUUGAAAGCAGUCCAUAAUAGAACUGUUAGUUUAAGCCAAGUGCAAGCAGUACAUAACUCCCUUGAAAAGGAACUAAGGUAACAAUGAGUCAACUCUGCCUUAAAAGGCAGAUCUAACCCAAGUUCCAUCCAUUACCUAAUGUGUUAUGUUUCACCAUUAUUUGGUGAUUCUCACCAAUAAAUUGGUCUAGAGUAUGCUACUUUUUAAGUGGUGGCACUUAUUUUUACAGAUUGCUACUCCGAGGAAGAAAACUGGCCACUUCUCAUGUAAAUAUUGUUAAAGGAUUUAUAUAGCUCUCUCUAGUUUUCCCUCAGUUCCCUGGAGAGUCCAGGAGUAGAUUAAUAACAAAACAUCUCCCAAGGAUAACUUGUUUUGAUUUCUCUAGGGAAAUAAUAGCUCAUUCAUAGGGGCCAAAGGGAAGCUGUGAAUAGUCACAUGAGCCAGAUUCCCUACUUCACUGUUCAUAGAACUCAAAAGAGUGUCAUUGUGGGAAACCCUAACACCAUGGUGAAAUGCUCCUCUGUAAACUUGAAGUCUAGAACAAGUGUAGAUUUUUCAUGAUGUGCUUAUUAAUAAAUGAAAUCUAUGGAUUGAGUUUUAGAGAUAAUUUACUUCACCUUUGUUUUUGGAAGGGACUCAGGUUUUAAAACUGUAAGAUAGGUUCUAUUUGUGUUUAUUUCAAAGAAAAGGAAGAAUGGAGAACUGUUACUAUGAACCUUGCAGAGCUGUUUAAAAAGGUAGUUUUUGAGGCUAAUCAACCUUCAAAAGGCAAUAAAGAGAUGUGUAUUUGCUCGUUUUAAAGCACAACAGAUUAGUGUUAAUUAUUUAAGUUAAAUGGGUACUAUCUCUGGAAGGUUUCCUUAUAUCCAAAUAUGCUGCCUUAUGCUUAGUGGCUUCAUUCUGAUCAGUAAUCAAGGUAUGUAAAACAUUAGUAUCAGAAAAGAUCUUGGCUCUAUAAUGUAGUCUGUCAAUUUUACAGAUAGGGAAAACUGAAGGCCAGAAAAGGGACAAACUCAGCAGUUCAUAAAGGAACAGGGAAAGAGUGCUGAAUUAAAUCUUAAAACUUUCUUAUAAAGGAAAGAAUACAACUGAACUUUGCAGAGUAAGUAGUUUUGUGAUGCUGAAAACAUACUUUUAAGUAUAUUUAAUAUUAUUUAACAAAAGUGGCUUGAUAUGUUGUUAAAGAAUAACUACUUUUUUGGAUCUGUAAACAUGCUUUACUUUCUCAGA